AUGGGGGAGGCGGGUCUGGGCCUCGCUCCCUUCGGCGGGAUGGGAAUCGGGCAGCCCUGCGGGCUCCGGGUGCGCCCAGAAGAGCAAAUCGCUGCUAAAAAAAGUGCUUCUUAUUUGCAGCCGAAAGGAAAAAAGGCCAAGGGCAAGAAGGUGGCACCUGCCCCUGCUGUAGUCAAGAAGCAGGAGGCCAAGAAGGUUGUCAAUCCCCUGUUUGAGAAGAGGCCCAAGAACUUUGGCAUUGGACAGGAUAUCCAGCCCAAACGUGACCUCACGCGCUUUGUGAAAUGGCCCCGCUACAUCAGGCUGCAGCGCCAGCGCUCCAUUCUGUACAAGCGCUUGAAGGUGCCUCCUGCAAUCAACCAGUUCAGUCAGGCUUUGGACCGCCAAACAGCCACACAGCUUCUGAAGCUGGCACACAAAUACAGGCCAGAAACUAAGCAAGAGAAGAAGCAGAGGCUGUUGGCUCGUGCUGAGCAGAAAGCUGCAGGAAAGGGAGAUACUCCAACUAAGAGACCACCAGUUCUCCGGGCAGGUGUCAACACUGUCACAACUCUGGUAGAGAACAAGAAAGCUCAGCUUGUGGUGAUUGCCCAUGAUGUAGACCCCAUUGAGCUGGUGGUCUUCUUGCCAGCUCUGUGCCGCAAGAUGGGAGUGCCGUACUGCAUCAUCAAGAGCAAGGCCAGGCUGGGGCGACUGGUGCACAGGAAAACUUGUACCUGUGUUGCUUUCACCCAAGUUAACCCGGAGGAUAAGGGUGCCCUUGCAAAGCUGGUGGAGGCUGUCAAGACCAACUACAAUGACAGAUAUGAUGAGAUCCGUCGUCACUGGGGUGGUAACGUCUUGGGUCCAAAAUCUGUGGCUCGCAUUGCCAAGCUUGAAAAAGCAAAGGCUAAAGAACUGGCUACUAAGCUGGGCUAAAGAUGUACUGAUUUGGUACCAUGGUUUGUGUACAUAAAAAGAAUAAACCCCCAGAUGAAAUUUC